AUGGCAUCUGCUACAUCUGCAUGGCUGUCGCCGCCCACCAGGACUGAGGUUAUCGAGAACCUCGUGUCCGGCGUUGAUCGUUACAACCCCUCCAAUGUCAGCAUCCUGGAGGACUACCUUUAUCACCAAAUACGCAGCCAGGAGUACGACUGCCUUGCAAACCUCGCCAUCCUCAAGUUGUACCAAUUCAACCCGGACCUCUACAAUGCCGAUGUAGUUGUUAACAUCCUCCUCAAAUCCCUCUCUGUCUCCCCACACCCCGAUUUCCACCUCGCGCUCGCCCUCCUCGACGACCGACCGCCCAACGCCAACGCAGAAGAGCCUGACCCGCUGCCGACCCUCCUCCCCCAGCUCACCCAGCUGGAAACCUUCCUGAAGCAAUGCCGCUUCCCGGCGUUUUGGGAGUACUAUCGCUCGGACGAGCUGGAGGCGCUGCGCGAGAACUACACAGUCGAGUUCGUCGGCUUCGAGGACGCGAUUCGUGAGGUAGUCCUCCGUGCCGUCAAGGCCGCCUUCAAGCGGAUCAGCAGCGCGCGGCUGAGCUUGUAUCUCGAUCUCGAGGGCGCUGAUUACGAGGCAUUCCUCUCGAAACUGGGAUGGCAACACGAUGCCACGACCGGUGUCGUGACCAUUCCGGUGAACCCUGAUAACCAGAUCUCGUCGACAGUCGUACAAGAGGACAUCAAGCUUCCCCAACUUACGAAGAUCAUCGCGCACGCGGCUACGGCGCACUAAACCGUCAAGAAAAGGAGCUACGCCGGCACCAAUCCACAACGGCGAACGAUGAUCAUCUCUGUAUCGAUGUACUGGUAUUGUAUCGUGUCUGAUCGUCGCACCCAUUUGCCUGCCACGCAGCUGCAACUUUGAAAAGCGCACUUCCGCGGGAGUGCGGACAGCAGGUAUGGUACAGGGAGUUCUGCAUCAACAUCGCGGCUCCAAAUACGAAAACAUCUACCAUCACGCUCUCUCGUACGAUACAGCAAUGCCUCUUGCAUUCCAUUGAAAACCUGAAGACAUAACGCGUUGGGAGCGUCGACGAUGAAUUGAGCAUUCCGAGCU